AUGAAGCCAGUAAAGCAUCUGUUGACCUCUAGUAGUAAAUUGGUAAACGUUCCAGAAUUAACAUUUAAAAAAGGACUAUUUAAUUCACCAUUGUCACCUAAACCAAAGGAAAAACAUAGUGCAAAAUUAGUACGUGAUAAACUUGAACCGAUGGUCUUAAGAUCUCCACCAACAGGAGAAUCCAUUGUAAGGUAUGCUUUGCCCAUUCCAUCAAAUAAGACAAAGGAGUUAAUAGCAGAAGAUGAAUUGAUCAGGAAAAUUACCAAACAUCUGAAGAUGGUGGUUGCCAGUUUGGAAGAAACCUAUGGAUAUGGCACUCAAAAUGGAGAGAAAGAAAUUGUGAAGCCUGAACAUGAAGAAUUAACCUUUUCUGUUGGGGAUGAUCUGACUUCAUUCUUAAUAUGUUGUUCACAAUUUGCAACUCAGUUAGAAGCAGCAGCUAAGGAAGAACAUAAUAUUUUGGAAUCUCUUUUUAAGUGGUUUCAACGACAGGUCAAUCAGAUGGAAGAGAUAAGCAAAGAUCAAACUUUUUCAGAAGCAGAGUUUCCAACACCGGAUAAAACAGUCAGUUUAAGCAUUGCACAAAUAGUAAAGCAGGUACACAAACUUGAAGAACUGAAAAAUCGCCUUAAAGAAGGGUCUAAAUACAACUUCAGAGAACUGUUGUCUAAACCCAAGGAUAGUGGAAUUCCACCAGAAGAUGUGCAAACUUAUGAAAUUAUGAAGCAGAAAAUUGAAGAAUUCAUAAAAACACACUCAACUGAAGAAAUUACAGAUGUUUCUGUGACUGAGCCAUUAGAAACUUCUCCUUUAACUAAUCAAUUGAAUACCAUGUUGAAAAUAUUUGAAAAUCAGGCAAAUAAAUUGGAAAGAGCUAUGAAUGAGCAGCUGAUGUUAGAGGCUAAAUGCACACAGAUUCAAAGUGAUCUCCAAGUAUUAUCAGAGGAGAAAUUAAUGCUGGAAAAUGAACUACAAAAGUUGAAAAGUACAGAGAAAACAAAGGCUACAAGUGAGCGAACAAAGAAAGUUAUGAAAACAGAGAAGAAAAAGGACAAAGGAAAGUCUGAAGAUUCAGAAGCGAAGAAGUCUGUAGGGAAAGAGCUUAAAGUAAAAGAAAAUAUGCCUCAAGUCCAGAAAGCAGCACAUGCUCUGGAAAUUGAGAACAAAGUUCUUCGGGAACAACUGAAACAAGCUUUACAGGAAGCUGAAAGAGCUAAACAGCAACUUGCCUAUUUCCUAAAUCAAGAAAAGGAGUUUCUUAAAAGUGAGGCAAAGACCAAGACACCCACAGAAAUGGGUACUGGUAAAUUAAAAGUUAAAGCUGAAGAUUCAAAAUAUAUACCAUUGGAAAAUGAAACAAGAAAAGCAGUAGUGGGAGAUUCAGGUGGACAAAAAACAAAUGAUAAAAUUACACAUCCACAGCUAAUAACAAUUCUGACAGUUUUUGCCUUUUCUUUUCACUUGGAAAGUUCCCUUAAGAUUUCUUGUAAUGCUGGCUUGGUAAUGCUGAACUCUUUGCCUUUGCUCGGUUGUACAACUUUUGAUCUCGCCAUCAAAUCUGAAGGAAAGCGUUAUGGGAUAGAGCAUUUCUUGUUCUCAGAGAAGGAAAGAGCUAGCCCUGCUAUUUCAGAUCUUUCACAGAUCCUCAAGUCUCAAGAUGGAUCACCUUUUUUAAAGACUCCAAGUGAACGUUUAACUGAUGAAGAUCUAUCCCGUAUAGUUUCAUCAAAGAACUAUGAUAAAACAUUGACAACAAUGUUAUGGCAUGAAGAAAUUAAAGAUGCACAGUCUGUUGGAAAAUUGCUUCAAGAGAAUGAAAUGUUUACAGCACCAUUCAUCUCACCUUCUGUUGUUAAAAGAAGGGUGCUGGGUACUGAUGUCUCAAAGGUGGCUGAUAUUUUAGAAGAGAAUUUACAAACUAAGAUUGAAAAACAAACUUACCAAGAAGCAAGAGAAUUUCAAGCUCCUGGUAGAGAAUUAGAUGAAAAUCCUCUGCUUGAGAAUGAAACACCAUCAGAAGCUAAAAAACAGUUGUUGAAACCAGGAACUGCUAGAGCAAAUAGACGCAAUGCGUUUCUUAUAACAGAGCCAAAAGCUAUAACUAUUGAUGAUCAAUUGCCUGAGGAUAUAGCUUCAGUUUUCAACAGGAAGUCUCAAAUUAACCUUGAAGCUUCAGGAAAUGGCAGUUUUGAUAGAUAUGAUGAAGCAUCAUAUGAAAAGGUUAUGCUUAACCAUCAGGAUUUGGUGUCAAAAACCCAAAUGCAAGUAAAGAAGCAAAGAACUCUGAAAAAGGAAAGACUCUCUCCUCGUGAUGAUGUAUCAGAUGAAAGUCUCAUGUUUAUGCAGCAAGACUUAAAGUUAGAAACAGAAAUUCAUGUAGAGAAACAAAAAUCUUCUGGACCUGAAAGUGUCAUUAGUAAGUAA